AUGUCGCAUCACAAACGCCCCCACCGUCCUGCAUACCACCGACCGUCAUACAACCAUCAUGCGGGUUUCUACCGCUCCAUUGAGCUGACGGAUGACCUCUCCAAGCCAUGGGAAAACAGUCCGAUCUCUGAUAACGCUGAUCUCCCGCCCGAACCACUCAAACCCAUGUUCGACACACACGUAUCGUCAAUCGCGGUGGGAGACACUAAUGCAUCGUCACCAGUGUCAACGGCGACCUCGCACACGGUGCUGGGCAGCAUCGGGAAGCACAAAAAGAAGCGGAAGAAGCAGAGCGUAUGGGGUCGUAUCAGGAAUUGGUUGAGACUUGUUUUCCCUUUGGACGACGGCGAAGUGUUGUCUGCACCAGCAUUUGAUAUGCUGGAAAGCAAACCGUCACCACCAACCGUAUCGAAAGUCGGGUUACACGAAUGGAAGCAGUACGGUUACUGGGCCCGUCCGAUACUCAACAACGUAACCGCCGUGUCCAGCGAAACAUCUAUUGAUACAAUUACCCUCCGCAAAAUGAUUACCGACAUGGGCGACGAUUCGCCCGACUCGGGACGGCGCACACCUCCCCACAAACGCUUUAUUCCAGGAUCCAAACAUCGUGCGCUUCCUCCCAGACCAGAGCGCUGGACACCGCCUAUCCCAGGCCAGCCUCUGCCCUUCCCUUGGGAGGUGCAGCUCAACCCCUUGCUACAGCAUUUUCUAUGGGGCCCAUCACCCUUAACCUGGAGGCUCUUUGACGACCCACUGACGCACCGCAGUGUACGCUUUGGGCGCACGCCGCUCCCUGUAUUUGUAUCACACCAAGAUCUUGCACAGCCCGCGACGUGGCCAUUCUUGACGCACAUGUACGUCAACGCCGUCGCGGGCGACUCCGCACCGACCUUCCCAUGGCCGUUUACCAUCCACAACGCACGCGGGAUCCGAGUUGGUGAUGUGUUGGGUGCUGUGUAUGAGGCGUUUUGGGUGCCAGUGCGAAGGGAGGAGAAGGAGAGCUGGCCUAUGACCCGCCAAGAUGCUGCGAUGCGUGCGCUGGAGGAGAGGUGCCACAUUUGUGCUCCGGUGAAGGUUGGUAGAGAUGCACAGGGAAAUGUGAUGCGGGAAGAUUUUGAAGAUUGCAUGCGCCGAUGCGAUGCACUUGGAGGCGUUAUGUGGUUUAGGGGAAUCGAACCGACGAUUAAUGCUGGUGGGUGGAUGAUAACCUUUGGGACGCAUUGA